ACCCAGCCAGCGCAGGGGUUUUACAUACUUUCUUCGUCUUCUACUUCUUCUUCUUCUUCGUUGCUGAACACAGUCAAUCAUUGAUCACAGCUACGAAUGGCAAAUCACUGACUUUGUAGCAAGCUCAGACUCUCCCCAUCAUACACUAUGCUAGUAUCAGCUUUCUAGGUUUUCAAUCAAGCACUUAAAAAAAAAAAAAAAAAUGAGGUAUUCUCGAAUCAUUUCUCAAUCUCUUUCACGCCAUUGCACAAUCACAUCUCAGAACCCUAGAUUUUUACCCAAGAAUUCACACUUGACAACUUCUUCUACAAACUUUCCCGUGAACCCUUAUUUUGCCCGCUCGAGGAUUCAAUCGUGGAAUGAUUUGAAUUUUGCUCGGGAUUACACAUCGUCCGCGCAAGAAUCGAAGACGGGUCCUCCGGAGAGAGUAUCGGCGAUUGUGGAUGAGAUCUCUGGACUUACUUUGCUCGAAGUGGCCGAUUUGACGGAGCUUUUGAGGAAGAAAUUGGACAUAAAUGAGAUGCCGGUGAUGGUGGUGAUGAUGCCGGGGAUGGGGUUCGGCAUGAAAGCGGCGGUGAAGGGCGGUGGUGGGGCCAAGGGGGAGGAGAAGAAGGCAGAGAAGACCGCGUUUGAUUUGAAGCUCGAAGGAGGGUAUGAUGCUGGGGCCAAGAUUAAGAUUAUUAAGGAGGUUAGGGCGUGUACUGAUUUGGGGUUGAAGGAAGCAAAAGAUUUGGUGGAAAAGGCGCCUACCCUUUUGAAGAAGGGGGUAACCAAGGAGGAUGCGGAAAAGAUUAUCGAAAAGAUGAAGGAGGUUGGCGCAAAAGUUACAAUGGAGUGAGAUUUCUUCAUAGGAAAUGCAAAAGGCCAUAUCAAUUGUCAAACAAGAGCAGGAAUAGGUGAUGUGGCGCAUCGGAGUUACUGAUGGCAAGCAUUGAAGAUUUGUGCGAUAAUAACUAUAAUGCUUGAGGUUUCUUUUUUUUUUGGUGGGGGGGGGGGUGAUCAAUGCUGCUUUUUGAUGUUCCAUUAACCUUUUCUUUUUUGUUUUUUGGUCUGACAUUAACUUAGAAGAAGCACAUUUAAUCUCAAGGGAUGUUUUAUACAUCACACGGUUCUGUCAUGGAAAUGAUUUUCAAUGAUGGAUUCAUUUUGUUCAAAAAAGCAUGCAAUUGUGACUUGUCUACCUCAUCACAAAUGACUUUUCACCGUUUAACAUCCACAAGCUUCCUUCAAGAGGGGGAAAUGUUAUACAGAACAGGUUCCUGGUGUAUGUUGUGAUAAAUUGAUAAUAAAUGGAACUUCAGUGA